CUUCACUCUCCUGUUCUUCAAACGUAUCGCAGUCUUCUUUGACUUUGAAACAUGGCUGCGUUCCAUAUUAGAGAGACCUAGGUAACGUUAGUCCAAAUGCCUGCGAUGUUAAUUUUUCGAGCAUUGUUGUCAUAUAUUUAUUCAAAGAGCGGUCGUUUAUACGUUUGACCGGACAUGACAGAUAAAGAUGUCGGUAAAGGGAAGGACAGUGCCGGGGAAAAAGGAUACAGGACCCCCGGCCUGAGGGGCGCACAGACAACGACACUGUUCCGAGCUGUCAACCCUGAACUCUUCAUAAAACCUAAUAAACCAGUGAUGGCGUUUGGACUGGUGACCAUCACCUUGUGUGUGGGCUACCUGGGCUAUAUGCACGCAAUGAAAGAAAACGACCAGCAGCUAUAUGAGGCCAUCAACAGCGAAGGGGAAAGAUACAUGAGGAGGAAGACUUCCAAAUGGGACUGAUGGCACAACAUCAGUGUGUGUGUGUCCUGUAAUGACAGAGUGAAUUAAAGCCUGACUGGACUCAAACAAGGACACCUGUCCACUUUUCUCUAAAUGCUUCCAUUAAACUUCUCUAAUCUGUAAAUACAACUACAUUUCCACACAAUAAGAUAACUGUGCAAAAUUAAAAGCAGUAGACAUGACAUUCACU